AUGGUGCCUCGUAACAAUGAUACUGGAAAUGGUCAGACUCCACAACAAUUGCGCUUACCACGAACGAAGGAUGUUAUUGUAAAUGGAACCGUUGUAAAGGUCAAGUACUACCACACCUACAUGCUGCAUCCGCCACCUCGUUUUUCUCACUGUUCUAUCUAUAACAACUGUGUGGAGCGUUUUGAUCAUCACUGUCCUUGGGUUGGUCAAUGCAUAGGACUGCGUAAUUAUCGUUUAUUAUAUAUGUUUGUAUUCUCGACCACACUACUAUGCCUCUACGUGUCUGGGUUCUGCUGGGUGUACAUAAUUAAGAUCAAAGAUGCAGAGGAUUCAUCGAUUUGGAGGGCAAUGUUGAAGACACCUGCCGAGUGGUUCUGA